UUCCGUAGAAGUGAAAAUAUUCACACCAGAUUCAUCCGGCCGACGUAAUCGACGCAAAAUACAACACGGAAGAAUGUUUUGAACUGUUGUGUAUUUGUUGUAGGCAACCGAAUACGGUUGUUAAACGUAAUAGCUACCAUGUAUGAUUAGAACUUUACGCUUUGAUAUCAAAACAAUGCCAAUUUCGGAGAUAGACUGAGAUCUGUCAAAAUGACCCUGCGAAAACUGAUCAAACGUGAUUGCAACAUUUUAUAUUUGAGAAUGCCAUACUGUCAGUAAACUCGAGUGAGCCACAAUGGAUUCACAGUUGAAGACGUUCAUCUGUACACGAAGUCAUCUUCCACAAGUUUAUUUUCAUGGUGUUUGCUAAGAGAUUUGAUUGCAUUAUGAUUGUCUGUGAAAGUUGUUAGAUAUUGAUAAAGUGGCCUAUGCCCUUCUUGCCCAUGAAGUACCCGGAAUACAGAUUAACCAUGGAGGCAGUGUUGCCUUCAUCUGUGCAUUGCUGGCUCACACAUGAGCUGGAGCAACUUGGAAUUGAUUCUCUGGUCUACACACGUUACAUCAUUAGCUUACUCCUCCAGGAUUCGGAGGAUUUAGAAGGUCUUGAUACUGAUAUAGACGCUUUCCCAAAGUCAAAGAGAAAGGGUCGAAAGUCCGACAAACAGAAGCAAUUGUCAGCUAGCGAUGAAGAGAGGAAAAAGUUUGCUGCUAUCCAGUGUCUCUCUGCCAUCACUGAUGAGAAAGCUGGUAUAGAGACAUUAGUAGAUGAACUUUGCUCUCGGCUAAAAGACAUUGAAAUGAAAGCUUCAGUGAGUCCGGAAACAAAAUCACGAUCUUGUAGCAGUGAUGGUAGUGAUGAUAGUGGUACAGAGAAUCAAAACCCUGCCCAGAGGUACUAUGCAGCUUUUCCGGCCCUUCAUGGACAGAAUGCCACUGCCAACAUGUCACCAUCUGAAACCAUCUGGAGAAAGAAUCCUCUGGUCAAAAUUCAAACUAGUCACACAUCUGAAGAAGACACUUCAAGCGCUAAUGAAGAUGCAGAAAUUCGUAAAAUCAACAUACCCUGUCCUGUUGCUAUUCCAAAACAUAGAAAACCUCGUAAAAGUAACAGUCGGAAUAAAAAAGACCGCAAUGAUCAGUAUCGAAAAAGGGAAAAGUCCACUGGAGGCACUUGCGGAAAAGGUAAAAAGUUACACAUUGGAAAACAAGAUCUGCCAGCUUGGCCACCAGGAUUCGCUAAAUUAGAUCCAUUAAUCCUUCAGAGUCUUGAUCUAGUGGAUGAUUUUUUCCCUCCACAAACUGAAAAACCUGUAAGGCCAAAGAAUGAACUUUGUACAAAGGUAGAAUCUAUUUUGAAGGGUAUGCUACUUCCAGCCCCAGAAAAAACUUACAAAGAUCUUCAAGAUGUAGACGACAACAGCCCUACAGAGAUGAGGGAGAGAAUUGAAAAAGCAAGUUCAAAACCAGUCAUUAUGUUGACACCUGUUGAAAAUCUCACUGAAGAUGUAGAUGCACUUGAUGAAAAUACAAAGAUCAGAGAUGGAACAGAAAUUCUCACUUCAAGUCCAAGAGAUGAAAGUGUUAGUCCGGAACUUCAAGAACAAGAAAUUUGGUAUACACAGCCAAUUGAUGUUAUAUUUCAGUCACAAGAUGAUGAGGUCUCAAAUUCCAAAUUACGUCUUUACAAAAGACUUAGUGAUCCAGCUUUUUCCCCAGAUCAUGAUUCCAGCAGCUCAGCUGAUCCAAACAUUGAAUGCUGCCAGAACUCAACAUCAAGUCCCAUUGUCUUUGCUCACAACAGAAGCUGUAGUUUUGCCUCGGAUAAGAGUGAUGAUAUUUGGGAAGGCUCUGUUCUAAUACCUGCAUGGUUAACUGAAGUGAUAUCAACAGAUGAAAACGGUGAUGACAACAUUGAGGACAUUGAUCUAACGCAUUCUCUGAAGUCUUCCAGUCCUUUCCCAGAGAGCGAUUCUGGUCUUGGAUUGUCACGGCUAGCUGACUUGAGCAUGUCUGAUGACAGUUUUAAUUUUGUAAAUGCUGACAAUGUAUGGAAACCGGUUUCUGAAGUUAGUUAUAUUGCAAGGUCAGACUUGCCUAGGGAUCAGCUCCAUGUAUUGGAUGAUAAUUGCACACCAACACCAGGUGAUACUUCAGCUUUUCAUGAAGAGACUACUGAACCCCCUGAGAGACCAGUAUCUGUAUCACUAGUUGACUGGGAUUAUAUGUCCAAAUUUCUAAUCAACAAACCUAACUGGCAGUCUUACAGUCCCGAAGAUAACUUCCAGUUUAGCAGUCCAAGGAGAACUUGCAUCACAACAUUGUGGCAAAGUCAGGUGUUAUUUGACUACUCUUUGAACAUGCCGUGCAGUGUGUCAGACCUUGUCCAGCCGUUUUUUGAGUUAUAUGACAUACAUUGUUGGCAGCCAAUUGGAACCAGCCCAUUUUCUCAGCUCUGGGAUGUGAACAUGCAGAAGAGAUCUAAGGUGUCCUCUUGGGGCGGACAGAUCUUCCAUUCUGAUAGUCAGAUAUGGUACGCUGAAAAUACUCUGGUAUUUUUACACAAUGUUUCAGAUAUAGAGAUUGAUGUUGAAGGGUUUGACCAGGGAGAAAACACUCUCAUACCACGUAUAUCAAUUGAUAUUGUAUCCGAAGCAGACAAUGAUGAAUCUUCUUUCCUUAAUGAGGAAGAUGCGGAGGAUGACAGAAACUUUUCAUACUUUGAUAGAAGUGUUUCAAUGGGAGAUGUUCCUUCUUUGUGGAAUGAUGAUUUACCAAGAACAGCUGAUCCUAAACUCUCAAAAAGCUUUGAAUUAGUUCCUUCUGAGCAUUCUGCAUUUAAUGAUGUUCCUAGAAAGCUUCUGCAUGUUCAUAGUGAACCAAAUCUUGUCCAGUUCAGGCAAGACUUUGCUGAUGGAAAUCAAAGUGUAGCUCAUUCUCCACAAGAGCACCUCUAUUUCUCUCCAAAGACACACUUCAGACCCAUCACUCCAGCUUAUGUUCCAGAAUUGUUCACUUCGAAGUCAAAGCAGCAGGUUUGCCAUGAUCUGUUUGGUGGGUUGCCGUCUACAAAAACACCGUACCAAGAGUAUCAAGUUCUUGAUAAGGACAAGGAAAGUGAUGAAGAAGGGUUUAUUCCUCGCUUUAAAUUGAAAAACUACAGCAAGUCUAUACAGACCGGUGAGAGUUUUGAGAAAGUUGAAAGUCCGGCAGAAUCGAAUGAAACUUUAGAGAGAGAUACUCCAGAAACAUUAACUUUGAGCAUGAUUGAAGAUGUUAUAGAGGAAAAAAUAGACACAAUUGUAAGUAUUUCAGAUGAUCUGGACACUGCAAAUACAGAUUCAGCUUAUGAGACUGACUAUGGUGGAAAUGCGGGUACAGACUUCGAUCACGAUCAAUGGCAUACAAAUUGCUGCAAUAAAGAAAACAAUACAGAAGGAAAUGGUAGCAUGUAUGGAUCAUCAAAUGUUGAUCAUGGAAAUCUGGGAGAAAUGAUAAAAUAUUCUGUGCAAAGUUUUGUUGCUACUUUCCCUCACACAAAUGACUGGCCGGAUUUGAGUGCAAAACAGUCUGAUUCACGCUGGACGGAAACUGAACUAGACUACCCAUAUGAAAGAUGGCCACAGUCUGAAUAUCCAAAUAUUGCUAAAGAAGAUGAAAAUGUUGAAAGCAGUUACCAGGCCCAUGGAGUGUGGGGUGAUGACCUAGGUUUAGAUCAUUUAUACCAGGAAAGUGAGAUGGAAAAAUAUAAGAAUAUUUGGAGUUCAGCUGGCCACGACUAUUAUUCUGUUGAUAUUGGUAACACUGGCAAUUCUUCACGUGUUGAUGGUUUGGACAUUGUUGGUGAAGAAUAUGAUAAUGUUCCUGCUGAGGACUUUUAUGGAAACAUGUUCAUGGAGGCAUAUAAUGACAAAGAGUUCCUCGAGUAUCAGCCGAUGUUGGACCCUGCAGAUGAAGUGAUUGAAACAUUGCCAGAUACUGAAGGAGUCUUCCCUACCUAUGCAGGCUUUCCAGAACAUGAUGAAGUACCACUAGAGAUGAAGCUCACUCCGGAGACAGACACUGGUGAAUAUUUUAGUGUGAAACUUGUGUAUAAGGACAAACAGACAUGUGAAGGAGACCAGCAACAAACACAGACUUACGGAACAUAUGAGCUGAUGCCAAUGCCAGAUGAAGCAGUGAUGUCAACAGAACUAGAAAAACAGUGGAUGGAUCCAAACAUUCGUGCAAUGUGGGCUGGGAAAAACCCGUCAAGUGCACAGCGAAAACCUUGUAGUUUCUAUUUGGAAGGAAAUUGUCGCAGAUCAGAUUGCAAAUUUGCCCAUGAUAUCUCGAACAUAACUUGCAGAUUUUGGGAGGAAGGAGGGUGUUUCAAAGGGCCCCUCUGUCCAUUCUUACAUGGUUACCCUAGAUUGGCAAGUCCAACACAAGACAACAGCCCUGUUGAAGUGGAUAAAGAGAAAUUUGACCUGAACAAUGAAGAAUUCCCAGAACUUUCUCUUACUGUGAAGAAUGGAAACAGUAACAAUGUAAUUCAGAAAAGAAGUAAACCCUCAAAAGUUCAGAAUAUCCUGUCAUCUGGGAGGCGAGAGAAGAACAGGAAAGGUAGUGCACGUCGCCAUAGCAACAAGGAAAAUCGCUGUGAAAUAACUAUUGUUGAGAAGUGUUGUAGUAGCAUAUAAGUUUUAGUACAUUGUUUGUGAUCACCAACUACCAUAUUUGUUGUAAAGGCAUUGUUAUAUGUUCUCAUGUUUUUGUUCAUGAUCAGUGUUUUGUUUUUCCACAUAAUGUUAAGUACAUGAUGUAUACUUUGUAUUUGCAGUAACUGUAGUUAGUGCUUCAACUUUGGAAUAUUUCUUGCUCGUAUAUAUAUAUAGUGUUUCCGAGUUGAAAAGAUAAAAGGCACAAGUAUUAGAGUAAUCCUGUGUGUGUAUAUAUAUAUAUAUGUAGCUGUAAGUUAUGUUCCAACAUGUCUUUGCUGACAAAAUAACAUGCUAUUAUUCAGUUUUUGAGUAUGCUCGGGGGGUAAGGUUACACAAUAUGAGAAGAUAAAUAUCAAGGAAAAGUCAAAAAAAUAGUUAUACAAAGUGUUAAAUAAGAUUAAAGUUAUGCCAGCAUUUUCAAUCUUCCAAAACCUUUUGCGUUAAAGUGACUGUUUUUUUGUUUAGAGGCAGACCAUCGUAAUAAGUCGCCUACUGUUGUUGUUGAACUGAACUUUCUGUUUCAUUCCACAGAUUUCAUUAUCCAUUACUGCUGAAUGUUUUAUUUCGGAGACUUAAAUUCUGACAUUUUUUUCUUGCCCAAAUAAAUUGUGUUAUUUUUCUAUAAUAAUAUGUAUCUUUCAAGUAAAUUGACCAUUAAAAAUAAGUCAUUGAUUAUCCAGCAACAAAAAUGCAUCAUAUCUUAAAGUUGCUUUAAUUGAACCGGUGCCCCAUGUGGUUCUGGGACGAUCUGUGUAUGAAAAGAAUUGGAUCCACUGCCUUACCCUUGCAUGAUUGUAAGAGGCGACUAAUAGGGUCUUAACACUUGGUUUUGCAGUAACUCUGUGAUUCCAGCAGGUAUGCAAAUUUUGAUUCCAUACCUCAUGUUUUUAUUUCGAUGUACAUGAGAUGUGGAACCAAAAUUUGUAGUCCUGUUUGGCGCCAUAUAACCUAUUCUGUGUUGGUGCACCAUAAACCCAAAUAAAUAUAUAAAUAAAUAAUUGAACAGGUACAAUCAUACAUGUGGCCAGAGUAUACACUCAAAAAUAUAAACCUAUAUAAAAAGCUAGGAGUCUUAGAGGAACGACACUGUACAGUAUUUACAGAUCUCUGAAAUAAAUCAUUCCCAUACACACAGAAUCAUUUAAUCACCUUGUAGUUGUAGUGUUAUUUAUUAUAAAUAUUGUUAAUUACUGUUGUUGAGUUUGAAAAAAAAAACAUAUGUGUUGAUAUAUAAAACAUGCAUAAAUUCAUAUGUAUUGAGAGAAAAAUACAUAUAUUCGUAUGUGUUGGUAGAAAUAUGCAUAUUUUCAUGUGUUGAUAGAAAAAACGCAUGUUUUUAGAAAACACAUUCAAGGAAGAUGUGUAAUUGUUGUUACACAAAAUUGUUUUGCUGUGGGUUUUGUUGUGAACAAACGCUGUAUUUUAGAUUUGAAGUGAAGGGGUGAAGUGGUAUGCUUACCAUAUGUUAGUGAGAGAUAUAUUCUCAUGUUUCAUGGAGACUGAUUAAAGAUGGCAUAAAAAAAAAUCGGGAGUGGAAACUCGUGUUAGUUGUUCUAUACCUGUUAUGAACAGUUAUAUGUUGUAGACAACCUAUGAUUUUUAUGUUGUUGCGUAAGGUUUACAGUGAAGUAUCAGUUUUUUUAAUGGUUUAAAGAGAUUUUUAUCUCGGUAAUAAGCUCCGAAACAACCAUUUGUUUAACUUUAAUGUAUAUAUAUGUAUGUGUAAAAGGGCUUACAGGCAGAAGAACGUAAAUGCUUUCAAAUGCCUUGUACAACCUUAAAUUUAAUCCGUAAUAGGAUAUUUCUGCGCUGAACAUGGCUGUUAGAAUUUGAAUAGUUGAAAUGUUAUUUGGUAAUUUGAUGUAAACUUUGAUGUAUUUAUUCUUACUACAGAAAAUAUCCAUUUUACCUCACUAUCCGUUGAAAGGUAUGUGAAGGAGUGACAAGUGUGUCUUAGUACGGUAUAUUUUUGAAAAUUUCUUAAGAUGUGACCCCCUGCAUUUAAUAUGCUUGUAUUUAGCAGAAAUCUAUGCUCCAGGAUGGCUACAGAUUUCGUAGAUAUUGCAAAUUUCAUUUUGAUCAAGUACUUAGUUUUUAACUCAUUAACUUUUCACCAGGGGUGCAAGAACAUAUUUUAUGACAUUAAAGAUGAGACCCGUAAGUGAAGACUAAAUUUUUUUUAAAUUCUUACAAUGUUAACUUGAGAAUGAUUGUCACUGGAAGUCCUUUCCACGUGUAUUUCCUUUCGCAAGUUGCAGUUGAAUGUCCUGUAUACGUUGUGGUAUAUUUGGUGUUUUGUAUUACUUUACCUUGAUAACUGUGAUUAGUUAGUAGGUCUUUUGCAAACCCAGGGUUGGUUUGCUGCAUCUUGAAACAUUUGUCCCAACUUGUAACCUAGUUACCUCCCCCUAUGGUCCUUACUGGAGGAACAAGUAGCCACUUUUAAAAAUCAGGUUAAUUGUGUUGAUUUGUACAGUCUGAAGCGUACUUGUUAUGUUUGACUGAAUCACUUAGGAUUACACUGGUCUUUGAUGUGGUUGGUUCAAAUUAUAUUAGACUAAAAUGAAAUGCAGUUGAUAAGUAUACCACAAUUGUUGCACUACUUGUAAUAUAUUGCUAGAGAUGGUUAAGAUUACAGAAGUUUUCAGAGAUGAAGUCUGGCUAGUUAUGGUCCAGUCAGGGUCCUGAAAAUGCAUGAUAUCAAAGAUCAGCAACAAAUGCUAAUACCAUAAUAUUUUAGAAUAUAACAUGGGAUAACAAUGUUGCUUUAAGGUGUCAUUUUUUCUGAUUUAUAGUUUAACUGUGCAAAGAGAAAAAAACUAUUUCUUGAAGAUUUCCAGACCAAGCUCUAUUUAAAAUUGUACCUUUUCAAUUAGUCAGUGUUUCACUUUCCUGGUGUAUUCACUAGGAGAGUUAGCCAGCCUGGACAAUUUACGUCUAUGCUUUAAUCUAUGUAAUCUGGUCUUCAGUGACAGAUAACCUUUGGUGUCAUUUUUUUUUUUGCUAAGUUUUAUGUAUUUAGUGCCAUCAUUUAGUAUUUAUUGAUAAACAGUCAUGCAAUUUGCAGGUGUUAACUCCCCUGGAUAGGAAAGUUGUAUGCAAGGAGAGGCUUUUGUAGAACUACUUUUUUUGCAAAGUACUUUAACUUUUUGGAAAAUGUGUCCAAGCCAUAAAUGGUUUUGCAAAGGAGCUACUGUAGUUUUAGAUGAAAAUCUUAACUUUUAUCUGUGAUGUAUAUGUGUAUAUUUUGUGUAAAGAAAAUCGUUUUAUCAGAUUUUAUCAGAAAUAUUGUUAUGAUAUUCACACAUGUUUUGAUUAGACUAUAGAAUGAUUUCAGUUAUUGUAUUUCUAGUCGUUCAUAAUUGUUUCCUUAGUGUAACUUUGAUAAAAAAGAGAAAAAAAGAUGGGGAAAAUAAAUAAAAAUAGUAAAUAAUUUUUACCAGUAUUUUAAACUGGCUAAACAUAAGUUGGGAAUAAAUAAGUAGAAUGAGGGAAAAUAACAAAUUGUAUUAUUAAAAUUAGAGUCAUGAAGCAGUUUUAUGUAUAAUUUUGAAAUAUAAAGUUGGUUUGAAAGGAGGGAAAAUGAUUUAACCUAUGCAGAAAACGUCAUAUCUCAUAACUGUCACAAGUCGGGAAAUCCUGACCAAGUGUCAUCAGCACCACCAUUUAAAGCAUUAUUGAGUAUAUGAUUGCAUGGUAGAUGAUUGAAAAAAAAAUGAAAGAUUACAAGAAUUAUGUCCCUUCAUUACCCUUCAUUCUUUAUAUUGAAAGUGGAUGAAUUCCAGUUUGCCAAAAUAGUUUAGUGUGUAUUAUUAUCAUUAAAUUGCAUUACAUCUUGCUUGUAAAGCUAUUGCUCUUGAAAAAAAGAGAAAGAAAAUGCAAGUAGAAAUAUAAGUGAAUGAUACAUACUAUAACAGCAUUACAAGCUAUCAGACUAAAAUAAUGUUGGAAAAAUGUGAUUAGAAGAGUUCGCUACAUUAUCAGUAAGCAUUUAUUAUGUGUCCCACCACACAGUGGUGUGGGAGACAUAUUGAUUUACUCCAGUCUGUGUAUGUAUGUCUGUCUGUCACAAAGCUUGUCCGCACUCUAAAUCGAACAUUUCUCACCCGAUCUUCACCAGACUUCAACAAAAUGUGUCUGCCAAUAAGUGCUCGGCCAAGUUCGAUAACUAGCCAAAUCGACCAAGGCACUUCAGAAUUAUGGCACUUGAUUUACCAAAAACACUCAGAUUACUUGCGCAGUUUUACCCCUAAACCGGCACCUAUACUACUAGUAGUAUAGGGGUCCUUUUGGUGUCAAGAAAGCACAUGCACAUGUGGAUUAAGUAAACAGUAUAGAAAGACUGACUUACUAUUUAGAUGAUAAGGCAGUUGUGGGAGACAUGCGCCUUUCUCAAAAGCAUCACUAGUUGUGGUCUGAUAGUGUUGUAAAAGAUGCUGUAUUGAUGAGCAAAGAUAGUGUACCUAGUUUUUCUAAUAAAGCAGACUGGAGAGUGAUUCAGUGACAUUCAGAUGUGUUAUAUUUCUGUAAAAAUAGAAUAAAAGAUGGAAGAUAUUUUUUGGAAAUAAGUGAUUAUUCAUUCUGUUCAUUUUUGGGGAUUUUCCAGGAUAUAUAUAUAAUUUUGUAGUGAUAGCUGUAUGAAGUAUUUAAAUGGUAAUAUAGCAAGCUUGAUCUUGUUCGUAACCAAUUUACAACAAAUGUUACUGCUACUUUAUUUGAAGAAUUCAGACUGAUUAACCAAAUGUCUAGUAUUUAAAACCUUGAUCGCUUUAUGUGUCGUUAUUUUUGUUAGUUAAACUUUAAUGCUAAAAGUAUAGAAAUAUGCUCGAGUUAUUCAAGUGUUUUUGGUAAAUUUUCAGCUACUAGACACACUAUACAUUAUGACCGAUUUUAUUUUAUUUAUUGUUGUGUCUUUAAUAUUUGUUUCACUUGAUUUUUGUAAAAAUCCAAACAAUAUUUAUAGAGAAAUGAAAAAGGAACCAGGAACAUUCUUUUUCAAGUGUUUGAACAGUGAUCUGAUUUUACAGUGAAUUGGUAAAGUGCUUCAUUGACUUGAUUUUGAACAUGUUAAUUCUUAGUUAUAUUAGUGUACACAAAUGUAAAUAUGUAUUGAGAUUAUUGGAUGAUUGAGUUAAUUGAUACAAUGUUAAGUACCUACUAAUAUAUGUUACCAAAUGUAGGAUACACAGAUACAAUGUUCAAGUAAUUGUAUGGAAUGUUGUAAACAAUCUUUUUAAAGUUAUAGAUAUUUUUACUAUGCUGGUAUUUAGUUUACGGAGACAAGAACUUUGUUAUGGCAGAAACUUGUUGAAAUUUUGCUUGACUGGUGUGUCAAACAAAUACAUAUGAACCUACAGCAGUAGUAAUAUUUUUAUUGCCUACAAAUUUUUUUAUGAGAUGAAACAGUUAUUAUUCAGACUUAGGUCAUAGAGCUGUAGCUACCAAAAUAGUCAAAUAUAAACACUGUACAUUUGAAUUAAAAUACAAAACACUUUAUUUUUAAAAGUUAAAACACAUUAAUACUUACGUUUUUUAGAGAAAAAAAUUCCUGUAUGGUACUGUCUGGUUAUUGAUACCUGUCCGCACAUUCAUGUUUAUUAAUUGAUUUUGAAACAUGUAUAUAUGUUCCAAAUUAGAUAUUGACCAUCCUUUAUACAAUACUGUAUCUGCUCAUCCUUAAAUCAGACUUGGCACCAGAGAUGAUACCAAGAUUAUUGUGUUAUAUAUUCAGUUUAUUCAGUUAUGAAAUGGGCCCAUUUUAUUGAACAAAACACAGAACAGUUAUCAGACAGUAUGUGACAAAUUGUGUUUAAAAGAAUUUGACCAUCAAGUUUGGAUAAUCUUGUUUAGCUGAUGAUAAAAAGCAAGGAAAAUUCAAAGUUGUAGACUUCAUAUAUUGUAGAAGUUUGUAGGCUGUAUCCUAGUACUGGCAUAUUUUUGCCAAGCUGACAGCAUAGUAAGAACUAAGCACAUCCCUCAGAUAAUUCUGUAAUUGUCUCAAAGUAAGCCUGUCCGAAAAGUGGAAAAAAUUAUAUUUCUAGAAUUAUAGCUGGGCUCUACCUUGAACGUAACAUUGAAUAUCUUGGGUAAAACACUUGCAAGUUAUGAUAGGAAAGCUGAAGCGCAAUGGUUAAAGUACUGAGUUGAGGUUGAGCAUGUACAUACAUAGUGGGACUGGAUAGUCUGUGUCAAAGUUUUAUGUUGUUGUGUAAAAAUAAAAAUAAUCCAGGAGAAUGACCCAGUCAUAAUUGUUAUAAAUCACUGUUAGUGGAAGACUUCAUUGUAACCCAAUUCCUGUUUGAAAUAAAAAAGUUACCUAUUAAACGUAAUGAAUGGAAAUAUUGGUGUUAGUGUUAGAUAAGACAGGUUAGGCCAGAGCGUCAACAUCUGAAAGCGCUUCUUUUACUUGCUGAUGGAGAGCAAAUCAAAUGAAUAUUUGCUACAAAUGAUUGAGUCAUUCUCCACAAAAAAUAAUCACGAACUAACUUGUGUAAACAGAGUUGAAGUGUGACUGACUUGUUAGAGUCAUAUUUAAUUUCUGUUGUAAAAAUGUAGCAGCAGAAAAAUAUAUUGACAACAACAAAAUGUCGUCACAUAUUGAGGGGGAUUGAAAUUAAAUGGGAAUUUCUGCCUAGAAGAUAAGAUGGUGUAAAUUAUGUAGAUUAAACAAAUGUCUGGUUUAGAGACAUUAAAUCUUCAAGACUAUUUCACCAAUACCAUGAGUAAUACAAAUUUUGCUUGUGACAUAUCAUGGUAUAAAUAUUUAAAAAAGGAAGAUCUUUCGUGACUUGUCAUCUAGGUAUAAUUCCCAGUCUUUUGUUCUAUAUGAUUAGCUUCUAGAUCUGGAAAUUGAAAGCCUGUUUUUAGUACAGGGAUGGUGCCAUUUUAGAAAGCACAUCUGGCAUGAUGUUGAAUAAUUAGUUGAUAAAGCAAUCUCCAUGUACAUUCAUUAUGUGCAAAGAACAUCAUGUGUGUUGUUUCAUAUACAUGUUGAAAUUUUAUUGAAACAUGUUACUAAAACUGUUUACACCAAAAGAAAAUGGUGAAAAUGAUAUAAUUCUUUAGUAUCUAUGUUUUGGUAUUUAACCUUUUUAUCAGCCCUUGAUUAUUAAGAUUUCAACUAUCAUGCCUAGGUGUUGCAGUUUGCAAACUCAUUUUGGCCAUGUUUUAACAUACUGGCCACUUUUGCCAUCUUUCAAUAGAAAUGUGUUUUUGUAGCAUGUGUAAAAGGUAACAACUGCGAAUUCAAAUUCGAAUGAAUAUAAUGCAAAUUGUAGAGGUUUGAGAUUUUUAUACAUUUAUUUAAUUGUAUGAAUCACAUACGUAACAUAUUUGUAAUAUAUCUCUGCCUUGAAAUAAGCUAAGGGUUACAUUUAGUGCACAAAUUAGUUGAACAUUUUCUUGCAUCAGUUAUUGUUCAUAAAAGGUUUAAAGUUACCCAUAAAAGUUCUUUGUCAAAAAAAAAAAAAAUGUUGAAUAUUGAUUUGAAUUAUUUUUAGAAGAUCCUUUAAUAUUUGAUUUUGUUUUAUUUGAUCAACAUCUGAUAGAAGGAAAAUUCUGCAAUAGUUAAUUUCUGUUGAUAAGAUGGCAAUAAACCUGAAGAGAAAAAAUUGAAAAAA